AUGGUAGCUCUAAUUCGAGAUCACAAGGAAUGUCUGGCAUGGGAUUAUUCCGAAAUGCCCGGAUUAGCGCGCAGUUUAAUAGAACAUAGGUUGCCUAUUAAAAAGGGGUUUAAACCUUACAAGCAACCACCAAGGAGGGUGAGUCCAGAAUUGAUGCCCCAGAUCAAAGAAGAAAUUGAAAAGCUACUAAAGGUUGGUUUCAUUCAUCUAUGUCGUUAUGCGGAAUGGUUAGCCAAUAUCGUUCCGUACAACCUGAAAAUGAACCCAACGAAAUGUGCCUUUGGAGUUUCGGCGGGGAAUUUCUUGGGGUUCUUAGUACAUGAAAAGGGAAUAGAGAUUGACGCGAACAAAGCCAAAGUUGUUCUAACGAUGCGAUCGCCUCAGUCGGUCAAAGAGGGUAGAUUAAUGAAAUGGGCUAUUAAGUUGGCUCCUUUUGCACUACACCAUCGACCUCUCAAGGCAGUGAAAGGACAAGUUGUGGCCGAUUUGUUGGUUGAGUUUACAAGCGAUGGAUCAUCAGAAAACAAAAUAAUGUCAUAUAUUGGCACCAGCCCUUGGAAAAUGUUUUUUGAUAGUUCCCGUUCGAAAGGAAAGUCGGGAGCAGGAGUAAUACUAGAAGGACCAGGAGGCGGCAAAAUUAAUUUGCAGCUUCAAAUGGAAGAUAUGACACACAACUCCGCAGAAUAUGAAGCACUAAUUUUUGGUCUGGAAGCACUUAUCGCUAAGGGAGUGCAGUCUGUGUUAAUCUAUGGGGAUUCUCAACUUGUUAUCAACCAAGUAUUGAAACGGUACGCGUGUAAUUUUCCCCAUUUGCGUAGAUACCGAGAUGUAGUGCUACACUUGUUAUAUAGAAUCGGGGAAGUAGUUUUUGAGCAUGUGCCAAGAGCGGAAAAUCAGUUGGCUGAUAAUCUGGCUCAGAGCGCUUGUCAGCAGUUGAUUGGCAGUCUCGAUUUUAGGACUGAUUGGAGAACAGAGAUUACGGAAUAUUUGGAAUCUCCAAAUUCUACUGCUCCGGUUCGUGUUCGCUUAAAGGCUUUGCGUUUUCAGCUAAUUAAUGGGAUUUUAUAUAAAAGAACCUUUGAAGGGGUUUUGUUGAGGUGUUUGGGACAUGAUGAAACUAUUAAAAUAAUGAAGGAGGUCCAUGGAGGAAUGUGUGGUGCGCAUCGGGCAGGUUUAAAUAUGCGAUGGGCCAUUCAUCGUAUGGGAUUCUAUUGGCCGAAGAUUUUUUAUGAUUGUAUCAGAUUUUUCAAGGCAUGUCAAGAGUGCCAGAAGCAUGGUCCUUUACAUCAUUUGCCAACAGUGGAUUUGCAGACAAUGGUUAAACCUUGCUCAUUCAAAGCUUGGGCAUUGGAUGUAAUUGGAAAGAUUCAUCCAGCCUCGUCGAAACAACAUUCUUUUAUUCUUGUGGCAACUGAUUAUUUUACCAAAUGGGUAGAAGCAGUUCCCUUGAAGAAUCCGACGCAGAAAGAAGUGAUCGAAAUUGUACUCAAUCAUAUCAUCUAUCGAUUUGGAAUUCCUCACACUCUCACAACCGAUCAAGGGUUGAUGUUUACUGGGGAGAAGUUUAUUGAGUUUUUGGCCGAAUACAAUGUCAAAUUACACCAUUCUUCACCGUAUUAUCCACAAGCGAAUGGAUUGGCCGAAGCAGCAAAUAAAAUUAUUAUUGGCAUUAUCCGGAAAAUGGUGGAGGAGAAUCCAAGGAAAUGGCAUACUCUGCUCUCUCAAGCAUUGUGGGCUCAUCGAAACAGUAGAAGUACUUCUACUGGAUUCUCUCCAUACCAAUUAACAUUCGGGCAAGAUGCAGUAUUACCUGCAGAAUUUAUCGUACCUUCACCCAGGGUGACCAGUACAACAGCCUAUGUUGAUGAGAUGUAUUUACAAAAGAUGUGGCAACAAUUGGAAGAGUUAGAUACAGAUCGAUUGAACGCAUUGGACCAAGUAAUUAAGCAGAGUAAGAUUAGGGCAAAAUAUUACGGAAAAAGGGUGGUCCCAAAGCUCUUUGCAGAAGGUGAUCUGAUUGUGCUCAGUUCGGGACUUCAUGUCCUGCAAAGACUGAAUCUCUCGUUUAGCGAGGACACUCAGUCUGGAGAGUGUUUAUCUUUGUGGUUGAAAAUCGUUGUUCCAACUAAGGUCUGGGAGAAUGGCGGUUACAUGAUGCGUGGUGGCCUAUGGGGUGCUUUCCUACUAAGAAUGGUUGGAGAGCACCUUCCCAAUUUGAGAGAGGAACACGGAGACGAGGAGAAACCAUAUUGCAUGGAAAGUAAUGGUGAUGUUUUGGAGUUGGAGGUACGGAGUUUAUAUAAGUAUUCUGGUUUCUAA